GUGUAUCUGUCGCAGAAUUUGCAAUAUCUACAACUCGUUUUAUUGAAGAAAAUGUGCAUUUAAUAUCUUUAUUAGUGUUAAUUUACCCGUGUUGCUUAAUUGGUGAUACUAUUUAGGUGUUUAAGAACAUUAAAGGCAAUAUGAAUGCUAUGGCCAUGGAUAAGGACGAGCCUUCGUCGCUCCUGAGUUUUUCGUCAAACAACCCAUUGGAACAGUUUGUGCUUUUAGCGAAGGGUGCCAAGGGUUCGGGGGCCGCAGAACUGAUUAAACAAGUGCUCGAAGCCCCAGGAGUGCACGUAUUUGGGGAGCUGUUGGAAGUACCGAACAUCUUAGAGCUUGAAAAUGGUCCAUACGCGACACACUUCAACACACUCAACCUAUUCGCCUACGGCACCUACAAAGACUACCUAGACAACAAAUCAGACUACUUGGAACUGACACCAGUGCAGUGCAAGAAGCUCCAACACCUGACCAUUGCCACCCUCGCUACGCAGGAGAAGCUGAUUCCGUACAGUGUGUUGUUGAAAGAACUGGAUAUUAAAAAUGUUAGGGAUUUGGAGGAUCUCAUUAUUGAAGCUAUUUAUGCUGACAUCAUCCACGGCAAAUUAGACCAAGAAUGCAAACGAGUCGAGGUAGACGUGGCACUCGGCCGCGACGCCCGACUGGAAGAUGCUUCUGCCAUCGCAGACGUCCUCGCUGACUGGUGUAACUCUUGUGAAGCAGUGCUCAGCUCCGUGGACCGCCAUAUUCAGCGAGCCAACCAUCACAAGCAGCGCGCCAUUAGACACCAGCAGACUAUUGAACAAGAGAUAAUGUUCCUCAAGAAGACCCUGAAGCCGCAGGCCGACACAGAAGACUCGGCGUCGGGCGCGGGCUGCGACAACCACUCGGCGCCCAAGAAGAGCUCCGGCAAGGGCAAGAUCCCCCGCAACGCGACCAAGUUCUGGCAGAAGAACACUUAGACUCCGCGAUAUCCCUGGAGC